ACGCUGGGCUGGCGAGGGCCCGGGCGCGGAGCGCAUCGGCCGAUGAUUCCCUUCCCACCAGGCUUGGCCUUGGAGCCCCGGCCCGCUUCUCCCUCCCGCCUGCCUGAGCCUCCGGGUCGCCGGCCUCCUCUCUGGCCCCUGAGCACCACCCGGGAGCUGAUCGCCCGCGGGGAGUCCGCCUGGCGCAGCCGGUCCCGGGGCGGCCUGACCCCGCGGGAGGCGCGCGCGCGCCGUUCACACGCCGAGGGAUACCCCAUGUUAACCCAUCACCAGAGGAGUCUGGGCAGAGACUGGACCACACCGUGGGAGAAUCUGCAAAGUUGUUGCUGGAACAGACAUAUUUCUAGUUGUAUGAGGUGGCCUGGACAUUAUUCUCGUGCUCCUUACCCGUACUUCAGUAGUAGGCAUUUUUCACUAAAUUGGAGACCACCUUGUUUGUUUGAGUCUAGAACUCAGUUUCAGUACUGGAACUGGAGACCUGACAACCUGAGCCAGACAUCUUUGUGUCAUCUCUCUAGUUACAUCAUGAACACUGAGGGAGAUGAGCCUUCAUCAAAACGAAGAAAACACCAAGGCACGAUAGAACGGCAUUGGGAAUAUAUAUGUAACCAUAAUAAAGAAAAAACGAAGAUCCUAGGAGACAAAAAUGUUGACUCCAAAUGUGAAGACAGUGAGAACAAGUUUGACUUUUCAGUGAUGUCUUAUAAUAUACUUUCACAAAAUUUAUUGGAAGAUAAUUCACACCUCUAUAGACACUGCCGGCGGCCAGUAUUACACUGGAGUUUUAGGUUUCCCAAUAUUCUGAAAGAAAUUAAACACUUUGAUGCAGAUGUACUUUGUUUGCAAGAGGUUCAAGAAGAUCAUUAUGGGACAGAGAUCAGGCCAAGUUUGGAAUCCUUGGGUUAUCACUGUGAAUACAAGAUUCGGACGGGAAGGAAACCUGAUGGCUGUGCCAUUUGCUUCAAACAUUCCAAGUUUUCACUCUUAUCAGUGAACCCAGUGGAAUUCUACCGCCCUGACGUUCCUCUGCUGGACAGAGACAAUGUUGGCUUAGUGUUACUCUUGCAGCCCAAAACGGCAAGUGGGGCCUCUCCUGCAAUCUGUGUAGCUAACACACAUCUGUUGUAUAAUCCGAGGAGAGGUGAUAUUAAGCUGACCCAACUGGCGAUGCUCCUGGCAGAGAUUGCCAAUGUUGCUCAUCAGAAAGAUGGCAGCUUCUGUCCUAUUGUGAUGUGUGGUGACUUUAAUUCUGUUCCUGGUUCUCCGCUCUAUAGUUUCAUAAAGGAAGGAAAAUUGAAUUAUGAAGGACUUGCCAUAGGAAAGGUAUCUGGCCAGGAACAGUCUUCACGGGGACAAAGAAUUUUAUCUAUUCCAAUUUGGCCCCCAAACCUAGGUAUCUCACAGAACUGUGUGUAUGAGGUACAGCAGGUACCAAAAGUAGAAAAGACAGACAGUGAUCUGACACAAACAGAGCUGGACAAAACAGAAGUCCUAGUGACAGCUGAAAAGUUAUCUUCAAAUUUACAGCACCAUUUCAGCUUGUCAUCUGUUUAUUCGCAUUAUUUUCCUGACACUGGAAUUCCAGAAGUGACCACCUGUCAUUCCCGAAGCGCCAUAACCGUGGAUUAUAUUUUCUAUUCUGCUGAAAAGGAAGACAUUGCUGGGCAGCCAGGAACUGAAGUUGCCGUGGCUGGUGGCUUGAAGCUUCUGGCUAGACUGUCACUUCUUACAGAGCAAGACUUAUGGACUGUCAAUGGGCUUCCAAACGAAAAUAACUCUUCAGAUCACCUGCCCUUAUUGGCCAAGUUCAGACUUGAGCUCUGACUUCUUUGAUUACCUAUGUACUUUUCUUUCCAAUUUAUAUUCUUUUUCAAAGAAUGUACAGAUUUUGCAUGUUGUUCAUUUUUGUACAGGAGUUCCUGAAGAGGUUGUUGAAUGCUUGAAACAGAUACCAGAAGAAGCAAGUUUACAACAGCUUUUUUUUAAUAAUGAAAGACUAUUUUCCUGACAAGUGAGAUCUAAAUGCUCUCUAUUGUAAAAGAGUUGUAUAUUUUUUAUUCCAAAUUCCAGUAAAAUUGACAGUGAUUUUUAAAUAUAGUGCAUCUUCUUUCUUAGUAAAGAAUUUUAUUUCCUGUUUUUGGUAAGUUUUACAGUGGGUAUAAACUAUCUUUGAGUUCCUGCGAACCACAACUCAUUUUUCUUCUUGAAGACCUGAUUUCAUUGUGAGGACCUUAUGUUUGUUGAGCCCUAAUUAGUUAUCUCAGAAAUCCUUGGGUCAUUCACAAGUGUCCAACUAACCAUUUUAGUUAGCUUUUGAGGGGGCUUGAUACUGCUUUUUUAAAUUGUACAAAUUGCUAAGUCUAUCUUGUUGCUAUCCUCAGCCAUAUAAUAGGCGUAUACCUACAUUUUGUUGGGGAAACAGAGAAGAACGAGGUACUUGACACAAGCCUUCGCUUCCAUCCUGUAACAGAUCACUACAGGAUGCCUAAGUGAGGCAGAGUUUUUGGGGUUAUGCCUUUGUUUCCCUAGCAAUUUUUCCCCCCUUUUUUCUAUUCAGUUUUAAGAAAAGACCCCCUGGGUUGAGGGAGAGAUUUUAUUUUAGUGAAUUAAUUCUGUAGAAAUUUAUUUUAUUAAGAAAAUUGUCUUUGGAACAAAGUGGCAGCUAUAAGAUUAUUUUUGUUUUGCCUCAGAAAUUUGAGGAAGCCAGCAAAGCUCUCGUGGGGAGAUACCAGCUUGGAGACCUAACACUCUCAAGUAGUCAUUUUAACUGUUUUAAUGGAUUUGUUUCUAAAAUGUUUUUUCUUUUGUCAUGAUGCAGCAGUGUGAGGUGUUGCUGAUAUUUUUUAUAAAGUGGUUAAGAGUGGGCCUAAUAAUUAAUCCUGCAGUUGGCUCCAUCUGAGUGUUUGAGUUAAAAAUUUUACAACAUAAAAAAUGAAAAUUUCUUCUUUUUUAGAUAUGGGGAUCAAAGAAUUAUGUGUGUGUUUUUACUAAGUAAUUUUAUCAUUGAAUUUGCUGAUUUAUAUGUUUUUACAAUGCGUUUUCUUAAUAGAAUACUUCAUCUUAAACUAGAAAAUAGUAGUUACUUUAUAGUCUUGGACUUUUUCGUGCUAAAGUACUUGCUACCAUUAUUUAAAAAACAAAACAGAGGAAUGCCCCAAAAAGGCAUGUGAGUUAUAAGGAUUUGUCUAGUAAAAAUUGUAAUAAACGAACACUUUUAAAUGUUUCUCAUUUUUUACUUACAGUAUUUACAGUUCUUUGAUUUUCCACAUUUUCUAAUCAUGGUUUUCAGAAUAUUAUGGUAUGUCCUAAUUAGCAGAUAUUGUCAUCAUCAAAUAAUACCAGUAGUAUAAUUAUCCCCUUUUAGUAUUGGGGAAAGAAAAAUUACUACUUUCUGUUAUGUGACUUGAUUAACAAAUAACUAUACAUAGGUCAUUUUUGACAAACUAACAUCCCUGAAAACAGCUGUGAAAACAUAAUUUUUUAUAUCCUGAUUAAUAUAAUGUAAUUUUAGACCCUUUUUAUGUGCUUCACUUUGAUCCAUAAAAUUAAUCCAUAAAAUUGCUUUCUACUUUAGCAUAUAGAAUGAAGUAGUAUUUUGUGGACUAGAGGCUAAAGGGUUGAUGUAACUUUUUCACAGCUUUUUAAAGCUCUACUAAAAUUAUCUACUUGUCUUUACUUUUUCUGGUCAGAAGAGCUGGUAACUCUGUUAGGGCCUAGUAUUUACCUGCCAAAAGCAAUUAAAUCUGACUAAUUGCUAAAAUCAAGUCUCCUACAACUUCAAGUGCUAUACUAUCCAAGUUUUAAAUGCAAUGUAAUGAAAUUUUGGUUUACUGGACACCUUUUGAUAUCAAAAGAAUUGCAAGUUUGAAACUUUUUUUUUUUAAUUUUACUAACGUUCUGCUUUUAACCCUUUGCUUUCCUAAAAUACUAAGUUAGAAUCCAGAAAGUUCAAGGGAUUGGGGAAACAGAUUUCAAGUCGUUUGCACUUUGUACCUAUAAAUUACCUAAUAAAUUAUUAUACAAGUA